AAGUAGGACAUGGAGGAAUGAGUAAAACAUAUGAUGCGAUUAAGGAUAAAUAUUCUUGGGUACCUGAAGACUUGGUGAAAAAAUUUUGCGCUUGUUGUACUCGGUGUACUACACGACGAUCAUUAGCUCAACCAGUAGCUGCGAAGCCUAUUUUGGCGAAAGGCUUUAUGUGUCGCUUGCAAGUGGACUUAAUUGAUAUGCAUAAUCGACCAGAUGGUUCUUCUAAGUAUAUUUGCCAUGCUCGCGAUCAUUUUUCAAAGUUUUGUUGGUCUUCUGCUCUUCCUUCUAAAGAAGCCAAAGAGCAAAAGCUCUCAAAAUGGAUGGAAGAUAAAGGAACUAAUAACUGGGCGAGUGGACUUUGUUGGGUGACCUACGCAAUGAACAUGGAAGUCUCUUCGGUAACAGGCUUUCCACCAUAUCAAAUAGUGUUUGGCAGAAAACCUCCGGAAAACAUUGAGAGAAAUGCGGAAAACCAGUGUCAAGAAAAAAGUGCCGACAGACAAUGGCAGCGACAAAAUUUUAUUGAGCAACAAGCAGAGGAAAUCAGCAACUUAGAAAGCACUAGUACCCACCUCAAUAACUCCCGUCAUACUUCAGUUACAAUUUCAAGUGAUGAAUAUGAUAGUGACGAAUGCAAUGCAUUACACGACAUUACUAACUUACCCACCGAUCACUAUGAAGUAUAUCAAGUUGCUCGUGACCGAUAUACUAAAAACGCCAAAAUAAUGCGAGAAAAAAUGCUUCGUAAAAAUGCCAAACGAAAAAUAUCAUAUGAAAUCGGAGAUUUUGUGCGAAUUGGAAUUCCGAAAAUUGAUCGUUCAAGUACCGAUAGAAAGCUUCUCAUAUGCAAAGUGGUCGGAACUGUCGAUGGUGAAUUCUAUAGAUUAGGAUGCAAGUCAGGAGUAUUAAAUGUAUAUUAUCGUGCAGUAGAAUUGAUGCCUACGAAGGCUAUGGAUUUUCCAGAAUUGCGAGAAAUACCAAAUACUUUGAUUUCUUUGCGUGAAGCAUCAUUGUACCAAAGCCGGGGGGAAAUGACAGGUUAUCAAUGUAAUUGCAAGGGAAGUUGUAGAACUAAUCAUUGCAAUUGUAAGAAAGCUGGGGUCAUGUGUGGGGCACGGUGUCAUGGCGGUGGUAGCAAUACUUGUGAAAAUCAAAAUGAAUAA